GAAGGGGUUAUGUUAAGGAACAGGGAAAUCUUAAAGGGAAAUAAUAAGAGUGCCCUCUGUGAUCAAGAACAGAAUGACUUGCAUGGGGUUUCUUCACUGCUUGGAUAGAUGAUGCUGGAAGAAUAACAGUCCAGUUUAAAUGGUAACACCAGUGACAUUUCAUCCUGUAAGAAUGGUGCAUCUUCCUUCUCUAAAAGAAAAUGCCAAGAAAAAGACUGACAGUAAUGCGUUUCCCUGUAUUUCAAACCCUCAUUCUUUCCCUGCAAAGCAUAUUGAUUCCCAGUCAGAUGAGUGGCAAAGAGACCAGUCUGAGAGGCAAAUUCCCAGUACUGUGACUGAUGCUUUUUCUUUGACUACAGAUCCACACACAUUCAAUGUGGAUAACCACUACAUUUCCUCUGGAUACUCGGAAGUGCAAGAAACUGAAAUCCAGUUAACAUGCAACAAUUUGGAUGCAGAUAUCAAAAAUAAAGUCUCCUGCAGCAAAAUGCAUGAUGUUUCAGUAACCAUUAAGACUUUAAGCAUGAUAAACAAAGACUGUGGUUUAGAUAAUACCAAUAAUUGUUUCAGCUCAAGUGAAACAGUGCCAAUAUUAGCCAAAGAAUGUGAACAUUACCCUUCAAAACAUCCAGAGACUUUGAAAGUCAGUAACCAGAGAAAUUAUCUAGCAAACAAGAGUAGCCUUAAUCUACAUUCAAACAAAACAGAAUUAUCAGAAGUGAGCCCCAAUCAUAAUAUAAACAAUGUUAUGAAUAUCGAGCAUGGAAAUAAUGAUGGAGAUUCAAGCUUGCAAAGCAAGAAUACAGAACAGCAUGCUUUAAGGACUACAGUUCCUAAUGCUUUAAUGGACUUGGAACAAUCUGGAAGAAGUAGUUGUCCAGUAGCUGACAUAAAAGUUAUGGAGAGUGUUCCAGUGUCUCAUGUUACUGAAAGCAAUUUUACAGAAGUAGCUCCCAUUGUCAAUAUUAUAUAUGGGCACAAGAAACCAACCCAAGUUUCCAGACACUCCGCACCAAGAAAGAGCAAACCAUCUAACUUAAGCCAAAGCUUUAACAUAUUUGCUUACAAAGACAGUGACAGAAAUAAGGUAAACUCCAGUAAAUCUGACUCUGCUUUGAAAGGAAAGGUGUGUAUCAAGAUGUCACAAGACUUUAUUAUUUUGGGCAAGAGUUCUAUCCAAUGUCAAGCUAAUAAGAAAAAGAAUUCCAAUUCUGAUUCUUUAGGACUGUCUUGUGAAGAGACUGGGAUUUCCUCAAAGUCUAAGAAAAGACAUCUUCAGCAGAAGAAACACCACUUCAACCAGAUCAGUCAGAAAUCCCCAGAGCAGGUGCUUCCCUCUAUUUCCAAUACUUCUGUAACCUCAGGAGAAACCAAUACUCCUUUACCUUUCAAGCAAGCACAUUUAUCGAAAGACUCAAUGGAUCUGAAAUACAGUGACAUGUUCAAGGAAAUAAAUUCCAGUGACAAAGGUCCUGGCAUUUAUGAAAUGUUUGCAACUCCAGUAUACACCCGUGAGCCUGAUAGACAUGAAAACAUGUACUGCAGGAAUGUGCAUUCUGCUCCGGCUGGAAGGCGCAAUGCAACAAAACAUAAAUCCAAUCACUUCAGUGGAAAAACAAGCAGUAGAAUAAGAAAUACCCCAAAGAAAACAUAUCCAAAGUCACACAAGAUCCCCUUUGGCACCAAACAGAAGAAGAAGGAUUUGGUGCCAAAAGAGGCAUCAGAGUUAGAAAGCAGCUCUCUAGUGAAGGUUGAAAAUGGAAUAAUAUCUAGUGCAGAGGGGCAAAUAAAGAUUGAAGGGGACAUUUAUGAAGAUGUUGAUCAACAAGUUCUGCUUUCCACUGAGUUGGCAAAAUCUGCUAAACAAAAGGAAAUCCUUCCACGUUCAAACUUGUCAACUAUCGAAGAAGUCUCACUGGAAUACACAUCAAAUGUUGAUGUUAAUAAAAAAUUUGUCACCAGUGUUCAAGAAUUACUUUGGCCAGAGGUUAAAGUUCAUGCAGAAUAUGCUCCUUUUUUAAGUUGUGUGAAAGAUAACAAUGAACAUAUUAAUGCAGUGGAAAGCAGAAACAGAAGACAGGUGGAAUCUGAAGCAACAACCUCCCUUGUGGAAACGAAAGCAAGCCAAGUUUUGUGCUGUGGAGAUAAACAAGAAAAGCCUUCUGAAUUGUCUUUCCCAGAGGCAGUAGACUCACUUUGUCUACAAAACCUCCAACCUGGAAACAUCAGCUCAGCAAAUUUGCCACCUCAGUGGCCUUGCUAUCCUGCAGACUCCAUUUCCCAGACAUAUCCAAAUACCCUGAGCUAUGAAAUGGGUGAAGUAGCAGAAGAUUUAUUUUGUUGCUCAGUAGCUGAACUGCUCUCUCUUGGUGGUGCAGAUAACAACUGUUCUGAAGCUGUUGCAAAGCAUGCAAGUGCUGAGGUAUCAAAUGGAACUGCAGACAGUAAAAAUGAUAGUACAGCAAUUGUUAGAAACAGGAAAAACAUCUGUCCUGACUUUCUGGAACCCAGCAGAGGAAACAGAUUUCAAAACGUGACUGCGUUUGUAGAAAACAGUUUAACUGAUGAAGAUACUGUUAUGUGGACCAAAGGUGAAAUCCUUGGAAAAGGAGCAUAUGGCAUAGUGUAUUGUGGACUUACAAACCAAGGGCACCUAAUCGCUGUGAAACAAGUACCACUGAAUAUCUAUGACCAAACUGGGAAUGAAAAGGAGUAUCAGAAACUGCAAGAAGAAGUUGAGAUACUGAAAAAUUUAACACACAUCAACAUUGUAGGUUAUCUGGGGACAGGUUUGGAAGAUAACAUAGUUAGUAUCUUCAUGGAAUUUGUCCCUGGUGGUUCAAUUUCCAGUAUUAUUCAUCGUUUUGGGCCAUUGCCUGAAAUUGUAUUUUGCAAAUACACCAAACAGAUUGUACAAGGGGUUGCGUACUUGCAUGAAAAUGGUGUUGUCCACAGAGAUAUUAAAGGCAACAACAUUAUGCUUAUGCCCAAUGGUAUUAUCAAGCUCAUAGACUUCGGAUGCGCAAAGCGCUUAGCUUGUAUAAGUCUGACCAAUACACACAGCGAACCACUUAAAUCUGUGCAUGGCACUCCUUACUGGAUGGCACCAGAAGUGAUAAAUGAAUCUGGCUAUGGAAGAAAAUCAGAUGUCUGGAGCAUUGGCUGCACUGUUUUUGAGAUGGCUACUGGAAAGCCACCAUUGGCUUCCAUGGACAGGAUAGCUGCCAUGUUUUAUAUUGGUGCUCACAGAGGACUUAUGCCAUCACUACCUAAGCACUGUUCAAAAAAGGCAACAGAUUUUGUUCAUCUGUGCUUAACCAGGGAUCAGUUUGAGCGCCCUGCUGCUGUACAAUUGCUGCAAAAUCCCUUCUUAGCAACAAACGUGUGAACUUUUGCAAAGCCUCAAAUGGAUGUCAAAUUAUUUUCUAAAAGCAUUGGACUUGCAGUUUUGAAAUAGAGUAAAGUGUGAUGGGUAUCCCUGUGAUGAAAGACAUGUGGCUUGUACAUCCUUAUUUCUAAUUUUCAAAGACAAACAUCAUCAAGUGUUCCAACUCAAGCAAAGCCAAUUCCCUGACAGAGAAUACUACUAAUAUUUGGAAAUAUACAUACUUGUGUACAUACAUACAUAUUCUAUUAAUUUCAUUUAAAAUUGAAGUUGGACCUAUUGAAGUUGGCUUUUUGAUAUUCACCCCGAAAACUUAUAUCCUCUUUCUCCAAGUGAAGCGUUCAAAGUCUGGCAACUCUUCAGUGCUGUCUGCAACACUAUAUGAGGCGCUGCAGCAGAAAAGGGUAAGGUGGAUAGCCGUAAGCAGAUACAAAGACCUAUAGGCAGGGUUCUUCAGAAUCUGGUUUAAAACUAAUAGUUAUAAUUUUAAUCUGACAUUUUUGCUCUUGAGCAGUGUUUCCUCGAACUUGAUUGUUUUGUAUUUAUAAGAAGUGAAAUAAUUCUGCAGUGUAAUUCCAUGCAUUUUAAUUCAGAAUGAAGUCCCAUUGUGCCCAAUGGAACCCAGCCCUAAGUAAACACUCAUAAGAUUAGUUAAGGGAUACUUCUGAUAUAGCUAAGAUGUUUGCAUUUAAAAAUAUUUUAUUGAUUUAUUUAAACAGAAUAUAUGAGUACUCCUCCUCUUUUAAGAAUAUUACUUUUACAGCUCUCCUUCCAUUUAUUUUUUAAAUUCAAAACUUUUCGACGUUGUAACUAUUUGAAAAUUUUCCGCUUUGUUAUACAAUUUUGUCAUUACAUCUGUACUAUUACCAAUUUAGGAAGCAGUAGCAUUUCUACUUUCUUAAUUCAAAUCUGGGGAGGAAAUAGUUGAUUCAUUAGUAUUACUAUAGAAGACAACAACUGUCCUAAAUUCACAUUCACCUGCUUUUGUGUCUGUAGAUAGAUUGUGUGUUACAGUGGGAAAAGUAUAAAACUGUUUUGAUACUAUAAUUAAAUUAUAGCGUACUCAAGUACUGAAAGGCACCAUAACUUUUAUUUUGCAAAGUGAACUAACUGUGGGUGGGAUUUCAAGAAUCAUGAAUGGGAGGAAAUAUGGACAUACCUGGAAAUACAGCCUUGCAAUACUUAAUCUUACUUGAAACAGAUAGCCCAGAUGUCAUCCCACUAACUCCCAUGUACUGGAGUUUGAUUUUCUGUGAUCAGCUCUGAGUUCCAGUUUUAAGAAAAAGGCAGAAUAUAAAAUAAACACACACACACACACACCCUACCAAAGUAAACUUUGCGGCGGCCUGUAGGUGCUCCUUUCCCCGUCGUAUCGGGGCCUAACCUGCCAGAACAGCAGCCUCUGGGGCCCCAAGGACACCAGUGGCGGCGGG